UCUGUGGAUUGGUGUAGGGACAUGUUUUGUCUAUGGUCAUGAUGUUUUUGUUUACUUUUAUCCUCUUAAUUAUGUGCUUGCGGUAGUGGUUUUUUUAAUUUAUACGAAUAUCGUUAUUAAAGUGUGCAAUUUCCAUAUCUGAAGGAUGCCUAAAGUGAGAAGAAGUAAGAAAAAUCCACCCGAGGGUUGGGAACUCAUAGAACCUACGUUAGAAGAAUUGGAACAGAAAAUGCGUGAAGCGGAAACGGAGCCCCACGAGGGCAAGAGGAAGGUGGAGGCGCUGUGGCCCAUCUUCAAGAUCCACCACCAGAAGUCGCGCUACAUCUACGACCUGUUCUACCGCCGCAAGGCCAUCAGCAGAGAGCUGUACGAGUUCUGCCUCCGAGAGAACAUCGCGGACAAGAACCUGAUAGCCAAGUGGAAGAAGCAGGGCUACGAGAACCUCUGCUGCCUGAGGUGCAUCCAGUCCCGGGACACCAACUUCGGCACCAACUGCAUCUGCCGCGUCCCCAAGGGCAAGCUGGAGGAGGGUCGCAUCGUGGAGUGCGUGCACUGCGGCUGCCGAGGCUGCUCGGGCUGAGACGCGGAGCCCGGCCGCCCGAGUGCUGCCUCAGCACCACUCUCGCCAUUCAUCCACUCGGGUUUAUUUCAGUUUCAAGUGUAUUUGUAUUCUGCGAGAACUGCUUCGUCAUGCAAUCAAUCGUAUGGUUUUCCAACAUGUGGGAGCAAACGUUUUGAACUCUUGACAGAUUUUGUGCUUCGUUGACACCUGACACCUUCACUGAAAGGGUACAGUUGUGACCUACGCGCUGGGGCUUGUGAUCAAGUGUCGACAUUGUGGCGAAGAUAACUUUAGUUUGCCGGAUAUCUCUGCGUUUUCAUAGCGUAGCUUCAAUGUUUUUCUAAAGCCAUGUGUCCUGGGAUGUAGAUCUGGUAUGCAAUUGUGAUUUGUUAAUUUUCCGUGUAGUCUUUGCAGGAUAUUGCACUUGCGUUCUGUACUCUCUAAUUUUCUCUGCGAGGUUUGGUCUUCGGGAGAGAGGCCUUGCCAGAGGAAAUAUUAAUAAUAUUUUAGUGGUGAUUGUUCAUGGCAUGGAUCUAUCUGCUCACUGCUUCUCUGUGUGCCAGAUGUGGACAAGCUCUUGUGUGGAAGUGUCUGUUAACUGCAAUCGCAACAGCACAUUUGAGUAAUGUGUGUUGCUGCUUACGUCUCCAGUACAAUGUUGCACUGUCUGUGAUUGCUAUUAUUAUUAUUAUUAUUAGGUUUUCCAAUGUAUUUUAGUUGAAUAGUAUUUGCAGUAUGGUUCACAUUAGUGUUUAAAUCUCAGUAUUUACAAAUUUAAGUUCCAAUGAACAUAUUCAAACAUGGUAAAACUCUUUAAGAAGUUCCCAGUUUGAUGUCUUCCUGCAUAAUAAGUUUAAUUACAAUUACUAAUUACACCCUUGAUUGAUGACCACAUGAAUAAAGACAGUGGAAAAAAAGCAAUUAUGAUUCCUAAUUUUAACGUUAACUUUUGGAGUGUAGCGGUAAUAUGGCAUUAAUUAAAAUAUUAAACAGGACAACAUUGAAAUGUAUUGGAAAUAUUUUCAUUGCAUGAGAAUUGCAUUGUAUUUGGAAGAAAAAUAGCUUAAACUGAUUCAAUUGUAUAAUUUACAUUUAUAGAAACAAACAUUAUUAUCCUUAAAAAAAAAGUGAUUGAGUCUUUUACUAAUCACCAAUGAAUGAUGUGUAACAUCUAACCACUGUAACAAUCUAAAUCCCGGUUAUGUUGAAUAGAGUUACAAGCAACUUUUUUUUUUCCAGUUUACAAUUUUUCCUCGUGGUUAUGCUGCCUGUAGUCUUCUCUUGUUUGCCCACCCUUUAAAUUAAAACAUGAACAAAAUCUUAUUGAUUCAAUAAAUUAUUAUUGUUGUUAUUAUUAAGGAAA